UAAUGAAAAAUUAUACAGAUAGUGAACAAAGUCUUCAAUCCCACGCAUCGAGCACGCACGGACGCACACACGCGCACCAGCUGAUGGUCGUCUGGCAGGGAGGCUCGAGGAGGCGAGGUCGACCACCAAACACAGAACCUUCACGUCUUCUCCUCACUUCCUGUGACUCAGUUCCUCUAUGUCUUGCUGAGGGAGGGAAUAGCACUUGGAGGAAUCAGGUCCGCCAGGUAACACAGGUGAGGUCCUGCCAGAUUCGCGCAGCUAUGGAGCAAGAGGUGCUAAUUCGAGUGACAAACUCAUCCCCCUACAAAGCUUCUUUGAAGAUUCAUGCCUUCAAAACGACAAAAUGGAGAAGAAGAACGCCUGAAGAAUUGGAAGCUCUCUCACUCAGCAGCCUACGAGUGCUGAAGAAGGAAAUCGAGAAUAUUGCUCAGGAGGCCUCGGGAGAGCUGGUAGGACUCCUACAGGAACGACAGGGUUUACAGGAGGAAGUAGACAUAAGGUCCAUUACCAUUGAGCAGCUACUUAAAUUUGCAGAGAGACGACAAGUCCAGCUCGGGGAGCCUCUGGCAAUACAAAUGAGUGUUGUAAGAAACCACCAAGAGGCUAAUGCUGAGAGUGGACUUGGGUAGCAGAGAUUAUGGGGCUAGUACCAAGUGUGCUAGGCUAGUCAUGGCCAGAAGCAGAUAGGGAUAUGGAGAUACUUUUGUUUUGCCAUGAUGAGAGGCCAGUAGGAAAUUAGCUGUCAUGCAAAAGUUAGGUACAACGUUUUGAAAUAUGACAAUGAAGUGUGCUGCAUUUCUGCUGAAAUAACUUUUGUAAAAUGAGAUUCAUUCCUAUUUGCUAUGUUGAAGUGAAAAGAAUUUGCAUAUCAAUGAUAUACACUUAAUGAUAUUUAUGUGUGGUUUGCCUUUAUUCCAUGUGAUAGGAGUUGUGCUGGUAGAUUUAACUUAAUGUAAACACUUUUCCACUGGAAAUCAAGUUUUGUAAGUACAUUCCUUUGGCUACUGGAUAUUAGUUUGUUAUUGUUGUGUGAUAGAUGAAUGUGUGAAUGUUUGUUUUAAUACCUGUUUUCAUUGAUUAUAUUCUUCAUUAUUCUUUGAACGUUUGUUUCUAACACAUGUGACUUGUGUAAUGUAAGAAAGUCAUGUUUCAGAGACGAGAUGAUUUUAGUAUUACUAGUUUUUUAAAGACACUGUUAAAUACACACUUUUCCUGGGGUAGAUAGCAGAAGACAUUGCUGUAUAUAUAAAACUUUAAUGCCCUCCAUUGUCAGAAAUAGGAUGACAAAUUUUGUUAGUCACCAUCACAGUUUUUUUAUUUUGACAGCAAGAUAUUUUUAGAAUGCCUAUUUUCAACAUUUAAUAACUAGAACUAAGAUUUUCAUCACUUUAAUAUGCCAUAUGGAUUUUUUUUUUCAUAUUUAUCUGUACCAGAGUGGGAAAAUGUCUUAAGGAAUUUGAAUGAAAAGGUCAAGUUUGGUAUGGUAUAUACUUAGAUAUAUAUUUUGUGGUUAUUGCUUUCCUUUUGAGGAAAGCCUUUUAUCCAACUCGGUUACUUCUAUUUAUGAUCAAUAAAAAAUAUUCUUUUAUGACAGGUGUCUUCAUAGAUUGAUUCAUUGAUGUUAGACUUUACUUAUGUAAUCUUACAGUAUUCUUCACAUGUAUGCAAAGCAUAUUUUGGCCUGUCAUACAGACACAUUUCUUGUGAAUAUUUGUGAGGGAUAUCAUUGUUUAUGAAUGAUAUCAAAGUUGGGUUACCAAAGAAAGGUAUAUAGGUCAUUAUAACCUGAAAAGCACAUGCAAACUAGAUCUUUUUGACUCGAAAUUCCUUUGAACAUGAUUUUGUAGUAGUGCCAGCACAGUAUAGUAACUAAUAAAGUGGGACAUCUUUAUUGUUGCAGUUGUUUACAAGAAACACUUCACCUAAAUAGGGAAUCUUUAUACUAUCAGAAAAAAUUUAUGGGCUUUUUACACCCUCUAUUUAUCUCACUGAGGAAAGAUUCCAAUGCUUGCAUAUCCUUUCCUGUGUACUGCAUGUAGAUGUCUUCUCUUUUUUGUGUAUAGUAGUAGGCAUCAAAGGUUAAAAGAAAAAUCUAAUACAAAGUUUACGAUUUAAAAAAAAAAUUACAAUACACUAGAUUGGAAUUGCCACUCUGAAUCCAAACAUAAUAUUUGACAACUUAUGAGACAGGUAUUCUGGCAUAUAUUUUGAGAAAUUUGUGGGAUGUUGUAUGAGAAAAUCUUUAUUUUAUAGUUUUCAUCGAAGGAGAGAAAUUCUCAUUGAUAUACGUAAGUUUUAGAAAUCCAGGAUGGCUCUCUUAUACUCAGGUGGGCUGAAGGGAGAAUGUGAUUUUAUUAAGAUUAGCUGUUUAUUUCUGUUGAUUAUUCUUUCUCUUUGGUUUUCCUGUUGGAUAUCUGUUCCUACGAGGGAAGAAAACUUUCCAGAUUCUUUUGAAGACAAUUCUUUUUUAUGAUAAUCUUGUUGAUAGGAAAUGGAUCAUUUUCUUGAUUUAAUUAAUAGUUAUUUAAUUUUAAUAAAAAAUAUUCAUUUGUAUAUAUAAUUAUUAGUAGCAGCUAUUACCAUGUGUAUAUAUAUAAAUAUAUAACUUUUUAAAAUCUUUAUAUUUAUCUUGUUCACAUAUAUAGUUGAAAAUGCAAAAUGGAUUUUUUAACUAGACAUCAGUAAUGUUUGCAUAAAAAAAUAUUCAUGUGUACUUUUUAUGGCAUUCCUCUUUUUUCUUUUGACAUGAGUUACCAAGUACCAGCGUAAUUUAUCUUCUGGCUCCACAUACCAGUAAUUUCCUCCUUGGUGUGGAACCUUGUAUCCUAUUUUAAUAAUAGUAUGAAAUGUAGUACUUUUACUCGUUUUGACUUUUUGUUCAUGGCCAAAGAAUGUCAACUAUUAGAAUGUGUACUUUUGAGUGGAAAUAUUUUAUGUAGCUGAAUUUUGAGCAGUUACAUUGUGGUAGUAGAGUAUGCUUAUCUGUAUAUUUGGUUGUGAUAUCUGGCAGUAUUUACUCAUAUUUUAGGUUUGAAUUGGUGGUUUGAUAAGAUGUUUAAGGGCAUUAGACAUGACAUUUUGGUUUAUUUGAACAUUUCUAAUACAGUAUAAAUGUUUGUGUGUCAUUUAGAUUUUGGAACUUUCCUCUCUUUUUUGAAGAUAUCUAUAAAUAAAUGUCUCAAAGUAUAUUUGGUAUAGAACAUUUCUAGGCAAUGCUUUAUCAAUAUUCAUAACUUUUCUGUAUUUUUAUGCAAAUACCCAGUGUUUUCUUUACUGUUAAAACAAAAUUAUACGUUUCAUUUAUUAAUAGAUCUUCAAAAAUGACUCGAGUGUAUUUAUAGAUUGAGUUGAGUAUAAUGUUUGUGCAGUGUUCACUCAGAGGAUAUAAGAGUGAGUAAAUUAUGAAAUAUUGAAGAAUUUACUUUUGUGAAAAUACAGUUCAUUGUGAAUAAUAAGCUAUUAAGAUAUGUUCACUAAUGAUAGAUAAGAAAGGUAAUUUCAGUGUUUGUUGAAAUACUUGAAAAAUAUAAUAAAAAAGACAAUUGGUGGUUGUGGCUCUUUAUUUUUUGUAGUGCAGUUUGGAGAUUUAUGAUAUUAUUAAGUGGAUGUGCCAGAGUGGAUUGGAGUGCCUGUCUGUUAUAUAACCUAUAUAUCAGUGAACAUGUCUUAAAUGUACUUGCAUUCACAGUGAAAGAUUAUUAGCUAUAUUAUUUUUAUGUAAAUCCCAUGCCCAGUAUUAUUCAUAUUAUAUCUUGUAUUUUAAUGAUGUAAUUAUGUUUUCCUUGAAUUCCAUUCCAUCCCAUUUCCCACUGAGAAAAGACAUCAAGUUCAGCGUUCAUUGUUUAGGAUUAACAUCUUUGAGCCUUUACAUUAUUAGAUGAGCUUAACCAAGCAACAGCUGAACUCUUUGAUUACUCUAGACAAAAAAUAAGGAAGUUAGACUUUACACAAUACACUAAGCAAGUAGAAUGUAUGCAGAAAGGACUGGCAGUGAUUUUUAACGAAGAUUAUGUCAAUUAUCUCUUGCCAUAUUAUGCAUCAUCAUGCAAGAAAUUAAAUGUUUUUAUUGUUGGGGUUUGUCAAAAAAGAUACUGUUUCUUUUUUAGACUAUAUAUAAUAUAAUAUUUUUUUUUUUAAGUCUGAUAUUAUUAUUAUUUAAUAAUACUUUGAGUGUUGAACUCCGUUUACAAUUUUCAUAUCCAAUAAAAGAUCAGAUUUGAAUGGAACCUUUGUUCAAGAAAAUUCAAUUUGUACAAUUUUUGAGGCACACACAUGGUCAAACAGGGUGUUCAUAAGUAGUCGGCACCUGGUGAAAAUUUGCCGUCUGUCUGCCUUUUGAUUGCUAGGUACUUUUAGCAGGACAAUAAAGAAAAGAUCUAUUACUUUUAUGCACCAUUAAAACACUUGUCUUCAGAUACACAGAAAAUGUAUCUGAGGGGUUGCAUUUUGCUGAAACGCUUCACCUCACACCUUUGGCACUUGGUUGCCAGGCGUUGCCCAGCACAGGGUAGCCCCCUAUUUAUGGACCUAGGUAGCCUGCUACUAUGAAAACUUUUGAACACCCUGGUUAAAAUGUAUGCAAAUUUAUAUUUUGUUGGGAAAAGGCCCAACUUUAUUCUUGUAUGAUCAAUACAACAAUUUCAAAGUACUUGUGUUAUUAAUUUAUGCACAUGAUCUAAAUAUGUCAUGUUACAAACAUUUGAUUGUGUAAUAUGACAAAACACAUCAGGACCAGCUUCAAAAGGUAUGUGUUGUCAUUCAUACAACACAUUUCAAGACAAUAAAGAGCUUUAUUUUAAUUGCGUGAUGCAAAUUAAGAUAAUGCUUUCUUUGCUGUAUGUAAUAGUAGUAGUAGUAGUAAAGUAAUAUGAAUACCAAAGGUUCUGUCUGUGAUAAAAUUUUUAUACUGCAGGGCCUUUGCCACUCUUUUUGAAUCACAUGUUUAUAUAAAAGUACUUUGAUGCAUCCUGUGUCCAGCUUUGAUUUUUAUGAGUUGCCUUUAGAGCAAAGUAGACCGUAAAGAAAUAAUUACAACUACUCAUUGACAUUUGACAGUGGAUAUCUGAUGUGUGUUUAUAGUUAUAUAUGCUAAUCUAAAGGCCUGACCACAAAAGCGGGCAUGACCAAUGUGCACAUGGGCCGGCAAGCUACUAGGUAUCGAGUUAGUUUCCCAUUUUUCUCACUCAUGUCUGCCAAUCAUACCCACUCAUGUGGGCAGGCCUUAAAGCCUGUCUGCAUAGGCGUGCAACUGUAAAAGUGACGUCACUGUUGAGACAACAAAGGAACAACUCGUUUACCAAGUAAGUUGUCUGCCCAGGAUGUCUAAAUUUGUGCUCACCUGUGUGGAUAAGCCUCAAGAUUUGACCUGAUUGAGCUGGAGAAAAUGCUACUUUUGAACCUAGAUUACUAUAUAUAUAUAUAUAAAUUAUCCUGAACUUUCAUGUAUCUUCAGCCUAGACAUUGCCCUAGCUGUAAUUGUGUUCAGUAAUGUUGACCAACAAUAAAGAAAACCCUGAUCAAAUGCCAGUGCAAAGAAAGGCAGUUGUCAGUGAUAUAAUUUGCAAACUUAUUGCGUGCCUCCCCAAAUAAGUCAGGAAAUGUAUUUGUCGACCUGAAUUUUGAUAGAAUAUUCAAGCCUGUAAUUAGCAAAUAAAAAUAACCAUCGUAUUUCUACACUGUAGAGCAGUUUAUAGACAACUUUUCCAAAUACCUGUACAAGUUAUUGUGUAAUAUUGCAAGUUGUGUGAUAAAAAUCAAAUAUGGUAAA